AUGACCUUCAAGGUUGGGUGUUUACUGCAAAAAGUGAAGUACAGAACAUGCUAGCAGCCCUGGUUUAUACAAUAAAAGAACGUGUGCACAAAAGACUUUUAAUUCUUCAAGGUACAGCCUCACAGGAGAUUACAGAAGGAGUGCACAGAGCCCAUGGACCCUUCAUCCUGCCUCCCUACUGUGACAGAUUACUAUAGUUCACAUUGUAACUAGAAAGUUGCCAUUAGCAUAAUACUGCUGACCAUAUUACAGACCUACUGUUAUUUUUUCCCCCUGUAUUGGCCUUGAACCCAAGGAUUGCUGGGCCAUGUCCAGCUUUUUUUAGUUUUUUGAGACAGGGUGUCCCUGAGUUGCCCAGGCUGUCCUCUUGCUUCAACCUCCAGAGUAGCUGGGAUUACACUCUUUUGUCACUAGCACUCCUUUGUUCUUAUUGUGUGCAGUUGUAUUUAGAUGUGCAUAGAUUCAUGUACCUGGCACCAUAAUCAAGAUACAGAAUUGUUCUGUAAUACACCUUUGGCAAGAUACAAAACUGGAAACAAUGAUUGGUGGUCUUUAAGUAGGACAAAUAGAGUGGCCAGAUGUGACAGGGUGAGGAAGGAGACAUCCCAUUUCGCUGUCAUAUUACAAUACAUUUUUAACAGUUGAGACAUCUUGGUGACAUCCAAGUGGAAAUCUCAGAAGGGCAGAGGGUGUGUCUCCAGCUCCCUCAGAGCUGUCAAGGAUGCCUGGGGAGUCGUGGGGGCCCCAGGGGGAGGUCAUUAACAUCCUGCCAGUGUGGGACGCCUCCAGAGGGCUCAAGUAAAGCCUCAAGAGCUCCUGCGUUUCAGAAAGACCAAGGAGAUGGAGCGUGAGGCUGUGAAGGGUCUGUGGGUGGAGGCAAACCUGGCCAGGGCUUCAAGAGGAAGGGACGGGAGAGGGUUUCCAGGAGGAGUGGACACUGUCAACUGUAGCUGAGUUUGAGGGAGAGAAAUGACAAUUGGCUGAACUUCACAAAAUUUUCCUCACUUUAGAAUUGUACAGGAUCCAAGGUGAACCAGGCAUGGUGCACACCUGCAAUCCCAGCGUUCAGGAGGCUAAGAUUGCUCAUUUAGAAAGUGGAUGUGCUGGGUAACAUGUCCAGCGUGUCUGAGGAGAGAAGGAAAAGACAGCAGAGCAUUAAGGAAGGACUGCAGUUCAUACAGUCAUCGCUGUCAUAUCUGGGGACCCAAGAACAAUAUGCGGUAUAUUUGCAGGGUCUUGUGAGAAAUCUUUUUAAUGAAGGAAAUGAUUUUUAUCGGGAACAUGAUUGGAAUAGCUCGAUAAGCCAGUACACAGAAGCUUUAAGGAUAGCUGAUUAUGCAGAGUCUGAUAAAAUUUCCAUUCCUAAAGAAAUCAUUGAAAAACUAUAUGUAAAUCGCAUGGCCUGCUAUUCUAAUAUGGGUCUGCAUGAUAAAGUUUUAGAAGACUGCAAUGUCGUCCUCAGUUUAAAUGACAGUAACUGCAAAGCUCUCUAUCGGAAAUCUAAGGCUCUAAGUGAUUUAGGAAGCUAUGGAGAAGCUUAUCUUACUGUGGCAAAAUGCUCCUUAGCAAUGCCUCAGGAUGAACAUGUAAUAAAACUAACUCAAGCGCUAGCUCAGCAAUUGGGACUUAAAAUAAGGAAAGCAUAUGUUAGAGCCGAGCACUCACUGAAAUCAGUUCCUGGGGAUGGGACUACCAAGGCUGUGGACUGUUCUGUGGAAGAUAUUGAACCAGAUUUAUUCGCUCCAAGGCAAGAAGCACUUCCUGUUCUCUCUUUACCUGUAUCCAGUUUUUCUCACGAUGUUGGAAGUGAGCUGGCCUCAGUUCCCACUGUGCCCUUACCUUCUAUUUUGCCACUGCAAGUGGAAAACAGUGCUCUGCCAUCCACAGUAUUGGCAAAUGGAGGGAAGAUCCCCUUCACGAUGCCAGAAGCUUUUCUGGAUGAUGGAGAUAUGGUCCUUGGAGAGGAAAUAGAUGACCUCCUUGAUUCUGCACCUGAAACUAAUGACAGUAUUAUGCCAACAGCUCUAGCCCGAGCGCCCCUCCCAGCAUCCAGUGUUGCUCCUAGCUUGCCCUUCUCAACGCCUCUGCUCGGAGCCUUGCCCAUUGGUGCGCGGUAUGCUCCUCCGUCCUUUGCAGAGCUGUAUCCGCCUUUGACCUCAUCUUUAGAAGAUUUUUGUUCUUCUCUAAAUUCAUUUUCAAUGAAUGAACCCAAACAAGAUCUGUCCACCUCAACUUCUAGAGAGGGAACAACGCUUAACAACAGUAAUUCUUCCCUUUCACUUAUGAACAGACCAAGUAGUUUGUUUACUUUUGAUGGCUUCCUGGGAAUUUCAAGUCAGCCUAGAAAUGACUUUGACUUUGGAAAAUUUUUUGGAAGUACAAUUACUAAACCAUCUGUAUCAGUGACUCCAAGACAUCCCCUUGAAGGAACCCAUGAAUUAAGACCAGCUUGCCAAAUCUGUUUUGUAAAAUCAGGCCCUAAAUUAAUGGAUUUCACAUACCAUGCUAAUACAGAUCAUAAAUGUAAGAAGGAUAUUUUAAUUGGUAGGAUAAAGAACGUUGAAGAUAAAUCAUGGAAAAAAAUACGCCCAAGACCAACAAAAACAAAUUAUGAAGGACCAUAUUAUAUAUGUAAAGAUGUUGCUGCGGAGGAGGAAUGUAAAUAUUCAGGCCACUGCACAUUUGCUUAUUGCCAAGAAGAGAUAGAUGUCUGGACGCUGGAAAGGAAAGGAGCAUUCAGUCGUGAAGCUUUCUUCGGAGGCAACGGGAAGAUCAACCUUACUGUGCUGAAACUUCUCCAAGAGCAUGUUGGAGAAUUUAUAUUCCUUUGUGAGAGAUGUUUUGAUCAUAAACCUAGAAUGAUUAGUAAAAAAAAUAAAGAUUCUACUGCUUGUUCGCACCCAGUUACAAAGCAUGAGUUUGAAGACAAUAAGUGCCUUGUCCACAUUUUGCGAGAGACAUCAGUAAAAUACUCCAAAAUACGUCCUUUUCAUAGUCAGUGUCAGCUUGAUUUGUGUCGGCAUGAAGUUCGCUAUGGCUGUUCAAGGGAAGAUGAGUGCUUUUAUGCCCACAGUCUUGUGGAGCUGAAAGUGUGGAUAAUGCAGAAUGAUACAGGUAUUUUACAUGAUGCUAUUGCUCAAGAAUCUAAACAGUACUGGCAAAAUUUGGAGGCAAAUGUACCAGGAACUCAGGUGCUUAGCAAUCUAAUAAUGCCUGGAUCUCUUAAUAUGAAGAUAAAAUUUGUGUGUGCUCAGUGUCUGAGAAAUGGUCAAGUCAUUGAACCAGACCAAAACAGAAAAUAUUGUAGUGCAAAAAAAGAAAAGCAUUUGUGGACCAAAGAUCGUCGUGCGAUGAGAGUGAUGUCUCUUGAACGUAUGAAGUGGAUGAACAUCCGUCCUCUCCCCACAAAGAAACAAAUGCCUUUACAGUUUGAUCUGUGCAACCAUAUUGCCUCUGGGAAAAAAUGUCAGUAUGUUGGGAACUGCUCCUUUGCUCACAGUCCUGAGGAGCGAGAGGUGUGGACUUACAUGAAGGACAAUGGAAUACAAGAUAUGGAACAAUUUUAUGAACUUUGGCUAAAGAGUCAGAAGAAUGAAAAAAGUGAUGAUGUACUCAGUCAGUCAAACAAGGAAAAUGGAAAACAAAUUCACAUGCCAACAGAUUAUGCCGAAGUGACUGCGGAUUUUCACUGCUGGAUGUGCGGGAAGAACUGUAAUAGUGAGAAGCAGUGGCAAGGCCACAUCUCUUCAGAGAAGCACAAGGAGAAGUUUUUCCAUACUGAAGACGACCAGUACUGCUGGCAACACCGCUUCCCAACCGGGUAUUUUAGUAUUUGUGAGAGGUAUAUGAAUGGAGUCUGCACCGAAGGAAGCAGCUGUAAAUUUGCACAUGGAAAUGCUGAGCUCCAUGAAUGGGAAGAAAGAAGAAAUGCCCUAAAAAUGAAGCUCAGCAAAGCACGAAAAGAUCACUUAAUUGCCCCAAAUGAUAAUGACUUUGGAAAAUAUAGUUUUUUGUUUAAAGAUUUAAACUAAUAUUCUGGCUUUUAUGUAACCCAAUCAGAGCAUUGACCAUGAAAAUUGAAAGUGUUCUGAGGCACAUAGCAGAGGAGCUCCAGGCUUUCUGCUAGUAUUGGCACACAUCGUUCCUCCUGAGCAGCACCCAGUAGGUAGGAAAACGGGCUGGUUAGCAGGUCUGGCUAAGCUCUCAUGGAGCCAUUGGCCUCAAAUGGCGAAGUGACUACUGCCUGGUUGCCAUCUGUUGAACAGAUUUUUGGAUGAAGUGUUGGGGAAGAGGAUGAAGUUAUGUCUAGGGCAGCUCUUUGAGUUGGUCCUUCAAGUAAGAACCAUGAUGAUCAGAGAAUGAACACUUGUACUGGGGUCAGAAUACAUGACAGAUGAAAUCUUUACGUGAUUUAGUGGAACGAAUUUAAUAUAAUAAAGUUUGCUACUUAUCUGUAUGUAGGUUGCUAAAAAGGAUUUUCUUAACUCAGAUUUUAAGCCAGAUAACCAUUUAACACUAGUAUAUGUUAAAUGGGGUAUUUUUCUGUAUUUGUAUGUUUCACUAUAAUAAGGGAACUGAAGAUAAUGUGCAUUGAGAAUAUUUUGAAAAAUAAUCAAUUGACUCAAAUUUUAUUUCUUGGUCUUUUGCUGUUUUAAUGAUGAAUUUGAAAGAUUAAACUUGUACUGUUGGUAUCGUGUAGUGUCUGGACCAAUAUUGCCUGAAAUAAAAGAUUUUAUAUAUAUAGA